GCGUUUACGCCUUCGUACUGCGCCUUUACGCGUCCGGGACCGUGCAUGCGCGUUCACGCCCACCAAGGAGACGUUCUACGAUUAUCGCUUCAUCAGUUCUGCCCGGCAGAUGGAUGCUGGUGGAGUUCUCGCGUUAUCUUCAGCCGGAGACUGAAAACGGCAGGACGCAGAUCGGAGCCGGGGUGAAGUAAAGCAAGCAGGACAUGCCAUCAUGCAGUGCUCGGAGGGGAGCGUGUUUUUCCUGAGCUGGAGCCUGAUCAUCGUAGGUGUCCUGUAUUUCCUCCGCCAGAUGAAGGCGCACACGGAGUACGGGCGCUAUGUGGAAACCAGCUCUCCCGGGGUGAUGUUGCCGGCCAAGGUGGCCUGGUUCACCCAGGAACUGCCGUCGGUGCUAAUUCCUGUGCUUCUGCUCCUCACCACUGACACUUCACCCGGGCUGGGGCGCGGAGUUCUGCUCUGGACCUUCUGCCUGCACUAUUUCCAAAGGACAUUCAUCUACGCUCCUCUGAGUAAAGGCCGGCCUUGUCCUCUGUCCAUCACGGUGUCAGCUUUGGUCUUUUGUUCUCUGAACGGUUUUCUACAGGGACACCACAUGCUCCACUGCGCUCGCUACGAUGACGCCUGGCACACGGACGUACGCUUCAUCGCGGGUCUGUUAUUGUUCUUCUCAGGAAUGGCCAUCAACAUCCACAGCGAUCACAUCCUGAGGAACCUCAGAAAGCCGGGAGAGAUCACUUACAAAAUCCCUGAGGGAGGAAUGUUCGAGUGGGUGUCUGGUGCUAACUUUUUCGGUGAGAUAUUAGAGUGGUGUGGUUACGCCGCUGCUGCUUGGUCUCUGCCCUCAUUUUCCUUCGCGUUCUUCACCAUCUGCUCCAUCGGACCCCGGGCUUAUCACCACCACAGGUUCUACCUGGAGAAGUUCGACAAUUACCCCAAAUCGAGGAAGGCUGUGAUUCCAUUCAUCCUCUAACAGCAGUAGUGGGAGACGCUGAGGUGUGAGGUGCGUGUGUGUGUGUGUGCGUGUGUAUCACCAGAAACUGGACAUUUCUGGAUCACAAUCAUGACCUGUGAGUUUUUAACAGAUAUUUUUAUAGAUCAGAUUUUAGAGGAUCAGAUGUGAUUUUGUAUUAAUCUGAUAUUAAUUCUGAUGAAUUCUGUACAUCUGUAACUUCAUUUUUUUUAUUUCCUCUUAUUUUCUAGUCUUAUGUUUUUUUUUAAUAAUUUGUAUUUUAUUAAUAUCACUGCCCAGAUGAUCUUUACUUCAUCGUGAAUCUUUGAGCUGCAUGUUUUGUAGGAAACGUGUGGCACAAAAUAGAGAUUAUUAUUUCUUGCUUCCCAAAAAUGUUGAGAUGGCAGACACUAGACUGACACAUUCAUUUAUUUUAUUCCUUCUUAAUUUGUUUAAUGUAUAAUUAUGUGUAAAAAGAUACUUGACACCUGGUUACUUCCUAACCUUGGCCACACCCACUUCACAAGGAGACAUGACCUCUGAAUCUAUUAUAGUGUAGGAGGUGUGGCCUCUGAAUGUCUUACAGUAUAGGAGGUGUGGCCUCUGUAUCUGUUACAGUGUAGGAGGCGUGGCCUCUGAAUCUGUUAUAGUUUAGGAGGUGUGGCCUCUGAAUCUGUUAGUGUAGGGGGUGUUGCCUCUGAAUCUGUUACAGUGUAGGAAGUUUGGCCUCUGAAUAUGUUACAGUGUAGGAGGUGUGGCCUCUGAAUAUGUUACAGUGUAGGGGGUGUGGCCUCUGAAUCUGUUACAGUGUAGGGGGUGUGGCCUCUGAAUCUGUUAUAGUGUAUGGGGUGUGGCCUCUGAAUCUGUUACAGUGUAGGAGCCAUGGCCUCUGAAUCUGUUAGUGUAGGGGGCGUGGCCUCUGAAUCUGUUACAGUGUAGGGGGUGUGGCCUCUGUAUCCGGCCCUUGGAGCGUCCCUGUCCGGCCUGCGUUAAGUCAGUCAUAAACAUAAAUUUAUCCUGUGCAUGCAAUACAACUGUGUUUCUUUUAUUCUGAAAAGCCUGCAGUUUUAUUAUUUCCAUAUGGACAUGUGUGUGUGUGUCUGAACAGUAACAGAUGAUGCUGCACGUUAAUGCUGGUCAGAUACCCCUAAAAAUGUCAGCUCCCGUUAAAAAAAGAAAAGUUGAUUCCAAAUGCCGCGUUUUCAACAAGACAUGGACUGCAAAAUAUUUAUUUACAGAAAUCGAAGGUAAAGCCGUGUGCUUAGUUUGUGGUACACAGGUCGAUGUGUUCAAAGAUUACAAUCUGAAUCGCCACUACGUGACCAAACACGAGGAGAAAUACAAGAACUUGUCUGAUGAAGAGCGCGCAGAGGAGUCGGAGGCUAUGCUAGCCACGCUGCAAACCCGACUUUUUACAGAACUUCACACACCCAGAGAUGCAGCUGUCAAGACAAGUUCUGUCAUAUCUCACAAAAUCACUAGAAAAGUAAAGCGUUUUCUGCUGGAGAGUUUAUUAAAGAGUGUGUGGUGGACUCUGCUGCCCCGAUAUGGCCAGAGAGAAAGGGAGGAUCUGAGAACGUGUCCCUCUCCCGUCGCACUGUAAUGAGAAGAGCUGAGGACAUCGCCAGAAAUCUGGAGCUUCAGCUGAGGAACAGAGCGGUCAACUUUGACCAUUUUUCACUGGCUCUGGAUGAGAGCUGCGAUCUGAAUGAAGCUGAGCAGUUGCUUAUCUCUAACAUAAUGCAAAACAUCUUUUCAGUAUUUGUGAAGAUUAACGAGUUAAAAAUAAAAUGAAACGGUGAUGCAGUGAUUGUUUUUGUUUUAAACUGUUUAUUACUUCUACAGGAUUAUUUUCCUCUUUGACCUACACAACAAUUCAUAAAUUUACAUAAAUAUUUACAGAAUAUCCUUAUUCUUCUGAUUACCAGUAGCAGCUAAUCAAAAUAUAUCAUAUAUUACUUUUUAGAAUGGGAGAAAAUUAAUAUUGAGCAGAAGUUCAAGUUAUCAUUGGUUCGGCCCUCCAACACAGUUCAUAUUUGUUGUGGCCCCCUGUAGAAAUUAAUUGCCCAGCCCUGGUGUAGGGGGUGUGGCCGCUGAAUCUGUUACAGUGUAGGGGGUGUGGCCUCUGAAUCUGUUACAGUGUAUGGGGUGUGGCCUCUGAAUCUGUUACAGUGUAGGGGGUGUGGCCUCUGAAUCUGUUACAUUAGCAGGUGUAUUAUCGGCUUGUUUUAUUUGUAAUAGAAAUCAACACAAAUGCUACAGAUUCAUUUCAUAUUUUUAUCUUUCACACACAUUACUGUUUAUGAUUACAAAAUAAAAUUUUUAAAAUCUAA